AUGCCCGGCCGCUCCGCUGCGGGGCACUACCCCAAUCGGCUCCACCUCCUCCGCCACCGCCGCCUCCACCUCCGCCACCACUGCCGCCUCCGCUCCCACCGCCUCCGCCGCCACCGCCGCCGCCUCCGCUGCCGCCACCACCACCACCACCCCCACCACCACUCCCACCGCCACCCCCACUCCCUCCGCCACCGCCACUGCCACCUCCACCGCCCCCGCCAGCUCCACCCGCGCCCUUGCCCCCCUUGCCCUUCCUAG